GAAUCGCUAGACUGUGCUUAAAUAAAACACUUGACAGCACGAACAGCUAGAAAGUACAAUUUGUCAGAGCAAACACAUACAUAACUCUAUUUCAUUAGACCAGCUAUGCGAGCCUCUUUUCUGAUCAGCCGUAGGCAGCCCUGGAUGGGACAGCUGCUCCUCAUGGCCAGGAACAGGGCCCUCACCCUCCUGCUGAAGCUCUACAGGCGAACUCCCAUCUUCAGACCGCGCCACCUGCCAGGAAUAAAACGAACCAAAAAUGCUGGCCCUGCCGGCGAUGAUACGAUCGUGCCAUCCGCCAGCAAUAUCAACCUUUCCUGUCGCAUAUUGGGAAAGAACGCAAUUUUUGGCGGGUUUGUGCGGCUGGAUUUGUUACGGGAGGACCACUUCGAUACAGACAGCGACGUGGAGUUCGUGGAGGAUGAGGACAUUUUUCUGGAUCUGCAGAGCCUGCGGCGGCAGGGCAAUUUUGAGCUGGCCAUAAUGGCUGGUGGACAAUUGGAUGUGGACUCCGAAGAAGAUGGGGAAUACGACGAUUACGACUGCGACUGCGAACAGUUCGCGAAGUAAAGGAGUGCGAGGGGGAGGACGAUCGGGUGCGGGAUCGGAUUGAGGGCGAUUUCG